UCGACCGUUGGAACAAAGCAAUGCAGUACUUGGCAAUUUGGCAGGGGGUGCUGGAAGGAUAAGAGUUCAGGGCAUGGAACAAGGUCCCGGAAAAGAGAGAAUUCAGUCGCAUUUACAAGCGGAAAAUGGCAUGGAAAACACUGGUGAAGGAUCUUUUCAGCAUGAUGCAUUUGAGACUACCAAGAACAGAGCAAGUGCAGCUUCUGGAGCCUCGAGGAGAUUCAUCCCAAUUUUUUCGUGACAUUGGAAGAUGUUAUGAUCAACCUUGUGCUCCAUCAAUAAACGAUGAUGUAAAUAGGCAUGAUGCGCUGGACAUGGUUAGAGUGACGACAGAACCAGUGGAGGAGGAUGAUGUGGAGAAUAGUGUUAGAUCAGUAGUGCAGGCUGGCGCAGGAGAUAGAUCUUCUGAAAGUCUAAAAUACGACAAGACUAGAGGAGUUCCAUUACCUACUAACAAUACAAAGCCAGUGAGUCAAGCAUUUGAAGAGAAUACAAAGGUGAUAUUGUCUUUGUUAAUGGAUGAUGAAGUCGCAAUCAUUGGCAUUUACGGGAUGGGAGGAGUUGGUAAAACAACAAUAAUACUACAUAUCUAUAAUAAGCUUCUACGAAGACCAGACAUUUGUGAUCAUGUUUGGUGGGUGACUGUGUCUCAAGAUUUCAGCAUUAAUACAUUGCAGAAUUUUAUUGCUAAACGUCUUGAUCUAGACCUUUCAAGCGAAGAUGAUGUUCGACACAGAGCUGCCAAAUUGUCAGAAGAACUAAGGAAGAAACAAAAAUGGAUUCUGAUUUUAGAUGAUUUGUGGAACAAUUUUAAGCUUGACGAAGUGGGAAUUCCUGUCCCAUUAAAAGGAUGCAAGUUGAUUUUGACAACUCGAUUAAAAACAGUAUGUAAUCGGAUGACUUACCACCACAAAAUCAAAGUGAAGCCACUUUCUGAGGGAGAAGCUUGGACUUUGUUCAAGGAGAAUCUUGGACGUGACACACUUUUACAAAAAGUGGAAGUAAUUGCAAAAGCUAUUGCAAGGAAAUUUGCUGGUUUGCCUUUGGGAAUUAUUACAGUGGCAAGAAGCUUGAGGGGAGUGGAUGACCUCCAUGAGUGGAAUAAUACAUUGAAGAAAUUGAAAGAAUCAGGAUUUAGGGACAUGAAUGAGAAGGUAUUCAAGGUGUUGAGGGUUAGUUAUGAUCGGCUAGGUGAUAUAGCACUACAACAAUGUCUCUUGUACUGUGCAUUAUUUCCCGAAGGUCAUGUGAUUGAAAGGGUGCAGUUGAUAGAUUAUUUGAUCGAUGAGGGAAUAAUUAAAGGAACGAGGAGCAGGAAAGAUGCAUUUGACGAGGGCCACACAAUACUUAAUAGACUUGAAAAUGUCUGCCUAUUAGAAAGUGCUAAAACGAGGAGAGGGAAAAAUGGUGUCAAGAUGCAUGACUUGAUUAGAGACAUGACCAUCCAUUUACUGCUAGAGAGCUCUCAAUACAUGGUUAAAGCAGGUGCGCAAUUAAAAGAGCUGCCAGAUGCAGAGGAGUGGACGGAGAACCUGACGAUUGUUUCACUAAUGCAAAACAGAUUUGAAGAAAUUCCUUCCAGCCAUUCACUAAAAUGUCUAAAUCUGUCAACUCUAUUUCUAUCUGAUAAUGAAGGGUUGGGAUUGAUUGCGGAUUCAUAUUUCAAGCAAUUGCAUGGGCUCAAGGUCCUCCAUCUAUCUUGCACAGCUAUUGAAAAUUUGCCUGACUCUGUAUCUGAUUUGGUGAGUCUCACUGCAUUAUUGCUUAAUGAUUGUGCGAAAUUAAGACAUGUUCCAUCAUUAAAGAAGCUCAGGGCACCGAAGAGGUUGGAUCUCUCUAGGACUGGGGCACUUGAAAAGAUGCCGCAAGGAAUGGAAUGCCUAACCAACCUGAGGUAUCUUAGAAUGAAUGGAUGUGGUGAAAAGGAGUUUCCUAGUGGGAUAUUACCAAAACUCUCUCACCUGCAAGUCUUUGUACUAGAAGAGUUUAUGCCGCAAGAUGAUGCUCCUAUAACAGUUAAAGGAAAGGAAGUAGGAUCCUUGAGAAAUUUGGAAACUUUGGAAUGCCAUUUCGAAGGUUUCUCUGACUUCGUGGAGUAUCUCAGAUCUCGGGAUGGGAUCCAAUCAUUAAGCACAUAUACAAUUUUAGUAGGAAUGAUGGAUGAAGGUUAUUGGUUUGGCACUUAUGAUUUUCCAAGUAAAACAGUUGGGGUGGGUAAUUUGAGUAUCAACGGAGAUGGAGAUUUUCAGGUCAAGUUCUUAAAUGGCAUUCAAGGACUGGUUUGUCAAUGCAUCGAUGCAAGAAGUUUAUGUGAUGUUUUGUCAUUAGAGAAUGCAACUGAACUGAAGCGCAUCAGCAUUUGGGAAUGCCAUAACAUGGAGAGUUUGGUUUCAUCUUCUUGGUUCUGCUCUGCUCCACCACCAUUGCCAUCAUGUAACGGUACGUUUUCUGGUCUUAAAGUGUUUUCUUGUUAUAGAUGUGAAAGUAUGAAGAAGCUGUUCCCGCUUGUGUUGCUGCCAAACCUCGUAAACCUGGAAAGGAUUGAAGUUUGUGAGUGUAAGAAAAUGGAGGAGAUAAUAGGAACAACAGAUGAAGAAAGCAGCAGCUCCAAUUCCAUCACGGAAGUCAUUCUCCCAAAGUUAAGAAUUCUGAAAUUGUGUUGGUUACCAGAACUGAAAAGCAUUCGCAGUGCAAAACUGAUUUGCAAUUCUCUUGAAGAUAUUACUGUAGACUAUUGUCAGAAGCUGAAGAGGAUGCCGAUUUGUCUUCCGUUGCUUGAAAAUGGCCAGCCAUCCCCUCCCCCUUCUCUUAAAAAUAUCUAUUCAAGUCCAGAAGAAUGGUGGGAGACAGUAGUGGAGUGGGAGCAUCCUAAUGUAAAGGAUGUCCUUCGUCCCUUUGUAAAUAAUUAUAAUUUGAAGUUUGAUUAAUAUUAUAUUUUCA